AUGCCCAAGGCUGAAGUGGGCUCAGUAAAACACCUGAGCAACAAGCUCAAAUCCAAGGGUCUCCAGCGACUGAGAUGGUAUUGCCAAGUGUGCGAAAAACAAUGCCGUGAUGCCAACGGCUUCAAGCUGCACUCCCAGUCGGAGAGCCACGUGCGGCAGAUGCUCAUCGUGGGCGAGGACCCCAAGAAGCACAUUGAGAACUUCAGCAACGAGUUCCUCAAGGACUUCAUCUCCCUGCUCAAGACGGGCCACGGCGAGAAGCAGGUCCACAUCAACCACUUCUACAACACCUACAUCGCCAACAAGGAGCACAUCCACAUGAACGCCACCAAGUGGCACUCGCUGACCGACUUCGCCCAGUACCUCGGCAAGCAGGGGAUCUGCAGGGUGGAGGAGAACGAGAAGGGCCUCCACAUCUCGUGGAUCGACGACUCGCCCGAGUCGCUGCGGCGCCGGGAGGCGCUGAAGCGCAAGGAGGCGCAGGACCAGGGGGACGAGGAGCUCGAGCAGCGCCUGCUGCGCGAGCAGAUCAAGAGGGCGCAGGCGAACUCGACCAAGCCCGCGGAGGAGGCGAACGAGGAGGACCGUGAGCUGAAGCGGGAUGAGGGCGAAAAGAUCAAGCUUUCUUUCGGUGCGAAACCGGCGGCUGAGACCGUCAAGGAGUCGGGCGACAAGACAGCGGUCACCGGAGAGGCAGAGGCAUCUGCAACGGAAACAACCGAUGGAUCAAAGCCUACGGCAGCGAAACCAAGCGGGUUCGGUGGAAUUUCAAUGAAACUUGGAGGCGGGAAGCCUCAGACGAAAAACGUCUUCUCACAGGCAAAGAAGAAUGCGUUCUCAACAGGGUCGAAGAAAGGCGGUAUGGCUGAACAGCCAAAGAAGAUGAGCGAGGCGGAGCGAAUUAUGAAAGAAGAGAUGGAACGGAAGAGGUCCAGGGAGACGGCAGGUUUUGGGAUGCCCAGCUCCAAGAAGCACAAG